AUGCAUCGCAUGAUCUCGAAAUAUGUCAAUCGACCUCUUUUCAGUCGAUCCUUUAUCCAACGUUAUUAUCUGAGUAAUGUAGCUCAAGUUGAUGAUGCCUUAUUUCACCCGACUGAAGAAGAAAAGCAGCUUCGACAAACUAUUUUCAAAUUCGCCCAAGAAGAGCUAGCCCCUUAUGCGGCUGAAAUCGAUGCUAAGGAUGAAUUUACAGAAUUACGAUCGUUCUGGAGGAAGUUAGGAGACAUGGGUUUACAUGGGAUUACAGUACCAGAGAGUGAAGGUGGUGCUGGAGGAAGCUAUAUGGACCAUUGUAUUACAAUUGAAGAGCUAGCAAGGGCUUCCCCAUCAGUUGGUAUGAGCUACGCUGUCCACUCUAAUAUGUGCAUUAAUCAGUUGGUCCGAAAUGGAAAUGCAGAACAAAAAGCCAAAUAUCUUCCCAAGCUGAUAAGUGGUGAAUAUAUCGGUGCUUUGGCAAUGAGCGAACCAAAUGCUGGUAGCGAUGUCAUGUCCUUGAGACUUCGCGCGGAAAAACAAGGGAAUCACUACGUUCUAAAUGGAACUAAAUUCUGGAUUACCAAUGGGCCUGUUGCAGAUAUUAUCAUAGUUUAUGCUAAAACUGAUCCUGCUGCUCACCAACAUGGAAUAUCGGCAUUUAUAGUCGAAACGAAAACACCUGGAUUUUCGAUCGCACAGAAAUUAGAUAAACUAGGUUUAAGAGGCUCAGAAACUGGCGAAUUAGUAUUUGAAGAUUGCAAAAUUCCUGAAGAAAAUAUUUUAGGGCGUGUAAAUAAAGGAGUUCAAGUCCUGAUGAGUGGACUUGAUUUGGAAAGAGGAACACUGGCAGGCGGUGCUAUUGGCAUAAUGCAGUCGGUUGUUGACGUUGUCUACCCAUACGUUCAUACGAGGGAACAAUUUGAUCAGAAAAUUGGUCAAUUUCAGAUGAUUCAGUCCAAAUUGGCCGAUAUGUAUAACACCUUAAACCUGUGUCGUAGUUAUCUGUAUAAUGUUGUCCGAGCAUUUGAUAGAGGUGUUAUUAGAAGCGCAGAUUGUGCAGCAGCAGGAAUUCUGGUUGGAGAAAAUGCUACACAAAUGGCUUUAGAUGGUAUUCAAUGUUUAGGUGGCAAUGGCUACAUUAAUGAUUAUCCGACCGGACGAAUGUUGCGAGAUGCUAAGAUAUUUGAAAUUGCUGGUGGAACUCAAGAAAUUAGAAAGCUCAUCGUUGGUAGAAGCAUUAAUGCUCACUACAUGGGAAAGUGA